AGGCGAACUAACAUGUCUUAGGCUCGACUGUAAUCCCUCCCCAUGCUGUUCACUCAUAUUCUUGCUUUAGGGAUACCGUGUAUUAUUGCCCUGGUUGUCGCUUCAGGUCUGACUCGCAGACGUGUCUACCCUUUACCUCUUCCGCCUGGCCCUCGUCAGUUACCAAUUUUGGGUAACGCGCUGCAAUUGGAUACUAAACGACCUUGGCUCACAUAUACUGCGUGGGGGAAGAGAUAUGGUUGGUGGCAGGUCAAUGGCCUCUUUGUCGAGCUCUUAGAUUCAAUUUCAUACCUGAUCAUAGGAAAAAUCAUUCACUCCCGUAUGCUUGGGAUCGACUUGAUCAUCAUAAACUCCGAAACCAUCGCGCGGGAGUUGCUGGACAAGCGUUCUGCGAAUUACUCUACUCGCCCUGUUAUUCCCACCAUCGAAUUAUCUGGAAUGGCUUUCAACACCGCACUCCUUCCGUAUGGGGAGACUUUACGACAACAUCGCAAGAUUUUCCAUCAAGUCUUCAGAGCCGAAGUCUCGGUCUCGUACCACGAAAUGUACUCUCGCCAUGCAAAUGAACUAGUCAUCAAUCUCUUAGUCAAUCCUUGUGACAGACACACGGCAUCCCUAAUCAUGGCCGUGACAUACGGACACCUUGCUGACGGACAUGAAGGCCCAUUUCUUACCCGCGCGCAGGAAUUCCUUGAUAUUGGAAAACAUAUUGUUUCUCCCGAGAGGGCUGCCAUGUUCACAGCCUUUCCUUUCCUCGAAAAGUUGCCGUCUUGGUGCUUUGGUGGAGCAUUUGCCCUGAUGGGACGCUGUAGAGAAUUAGCUCAACAGCUUUUGAACGAACCCUUUGAUGAAGUGAAGGCACAGAUGGCAGAUGGUACUGCUUCACACUCAUUAGUCGCCGACUUUCUCAGUCAAGCUCACGAUGACGCUGACGAAGACACGAUGAAGGCUGUUGCGUUGAUGGGAUACAUGGGUGGCAUGGAAACUACUGCGUCCGCAUUGCAGACAUUCCUGCUGGCUAUGGUGCUCUAUCCUGAUGUCCAAACCCGAGCUCGUGCAGAAAUCGACCAAGCUGUGAGGCAUGAUAAAAUGCCGUGCCUUGAUGAUAGGGCGUCACUACCCUACCUUGAUGCUAUUCUCCGCGAGGUCCUGAGAUGGUAUCCUCUCACCCCUCUAGGAAUUCCACAUGCAACAUCAAAUGAUGAUGUUUAUGGCGAACACUUCAUACCCAAAGGUGCGAUAGUGAUGGUUAAUCAGUGGGCACUGUCUCGGGAUGAAGACAUGUUUCCCGAUGCAUCACGCUUCGAUCCUAGUCGCCAUCUAACAGUUGACGGGAAGCUGAAGGAUCCUUUCAUCAACCAUUUUGCCUUUGGUCAUGGGAGGCGUAUUUGUCCCGGCCGUUGGUUUGCAGAGACCAGUCUGUGGACUGCAGCUGCUGCCAUACUCGCCGUCUUGCGCAUCGACCACGCCAAAGACUCAAACGGAUACAGGAUUGAGGUGAUGCCGGAGUUCUGCACCGGCAUGGUGAUCGUGAACACGGCGAGAGAAGGACAUCUUCGAGCGAUGAUGAAUUCGAAGUAG